UAAAAGUUUCAAAAAAAAACCCUUCAAAAAAGAAAAUAUCACCAAACAAUGCUUGCAGAAUUGGAUGGUGUAAUGAUGAAGAGAAAUUGAAUAUAUGUCAAGCAAAAAGACCUAUAGGAACACAAAUUACAAGAAUUGAAUUCGGUUCUAAAAAAGAAAACAACCACACAUUUUACUUUGAUACAUUAUAUCAAAGAAUAUUACCUUUUAGACUUUUUCAAACUAAAAAAUUUGAACCUUUUACAAGAUUUACUUUACAUGAUAUUUUGAUACAUUUACAAAUUAUAACAUAUCAUAAUAGAGAUAAAACAAGAACUAUUAGGAUUCCUACUCCAGCAGGAACCACUAUAAUUACUCCUUUAAUCUCACAAAUGAUAAUCAGAAGUUAUAUUUUAGAAAUCUGUGAUCGAGAACUGCUUAAGAAAAAAAAUAUUAAUUUCUUUCUUGAUGAUCUAUUAAUGGAUAAAGACUUUCAAAACAUAGAAUUUAAUACUAAAAAAGUUAAACCAUUGCUUGAAGACAUUCAAGAAAUUGAUUGUAGUCUAUGUAAUUUCUCUGAGAAUGAAAUAAUCAUGUGUUUAGAUCUUAGCAAAAUGCAAGUCUGUCUUUCAACUGGUAAAACUGAUACAGAAUCAGCUGUUUUUGAUAAAGGAAAUUACUUAUUUGUGAUGUUUUUAGAUUACUGUAAUUUUAUGUAUAAUUUCAAAAAAAAUACACUUAAUGUUGAGUCAAAUACAUAUUUUCUAGGAAAAAACUAUGAUUUUAAUAAUGGCAACUCAGGUAUUCCUUCAUUCACAGGAAAAGGCUAUAUUGAAUCAGCAUGGACUCCUCGCUUACAAGGUCAAGAUUAUCAAAGAAUAAUGGCAAAAAUGGCAAAUUGUUGUGAUGAAAAAGAAGCAUAG